AUGGCCGCCGCCAAGGGCCUGCAGCAGGUGCUCGGCAAGGGCGAUGUCGUCUUCAUCAUGACCGGCGCGGGGUACGAGCCCACCAUGCCAAAGGGCGAGAGCGACGGGCCGCCGGGUGCCGCCUCGCUCGCCCGCAUUCUCUAUCGUGGCCUCGGCGCCGUCCCGGUUUUCGUGAACGAGGCAUGCCACGCCGAUCCGAUCGUCGCAUCCAGCGAGGCCGCCGGCCUGAUGGUGAAGCCGUUCGAGCAGGCGCGCGAUCGUCAUCUCGGUGCCGCCAUCGAGAACGCGCCGGAAGAGCAAUCCAAGAUCGACGCGUGGAUCGCCGAGAUCUAUGCGAAGUACCAGCCCAAGGCUGUCGUUGCCGCUGAGCGCCUCGGCGCCGGGGCCGACGGCAACGUGCAUACCGCGACCGGCCUGCCGCUCACCGGCCCGGCGUCCAGGUUCCAGGGCUGCAUCGACAUCGGUGGCGUCGUCACCGAAGCCAACAAGCGCAAGAUCUUCUCGGUUGGCAUCGGCGAUCACGGCAACGAACUGGGUUUCGGCACGAUCUACGACACGGUCGUGGCGACCAUGCCCAACGGCAAGGCGCUCGCCACGGUCGUGAAGACCGACGUCGUGAUCCCGGCGAUGAUGUCGAACUGGGGCUGCUACGGCGUCGAGGCUUGCCUCGCCUAUCUUCUGAAGAAGCCGCAGCUCAUUCAUUCGCCGGACAUGGAGAAGCGGAUCGUGCAGGCCUGCCUCGACGCCGGCGGCCUCGAGGCGAUGUACUGCACGACCGAGUUCCUGGUCGAUGGGCUCGACGGCGAGACGUCGAUGGCCUGCAUGCAGUUCCUGUCCAACAUCGUGCGCAAGAACCUCGAGCCGCCCGACGCCGGCCUCACGCACUAG